CGGGUUUAAGAACGUGCCCCACUGAACUGACUCACCCGAGAUGCCAAAACCCUAAGCUAAAAACCCUUGAAUCCUUCUCAUGUUUCUGUCUCUCUCUCUGCACUUCAUUUCCCUCGAGGCUUCGAUCUGAAGACCAGAGAGAUGAAAAUGGGAAGUAGAAGAAGAGGCGGUGGCGGCGGUGGCGGUUCGCCGUCGAAACGAGUCCUCUGCCGCCGCAUCGAGUCCUGCAAGAGCAAUCACGCCACCGUCGACGAACUCGUCGCCAACCUCCGCAUGAACUUUCCCGAGUACGGUCGACACAAGCUUCAACCUUUCACCAGAACCGUUCAACAGACCCUAGAACACCACAUGAAGUCCAAGAAAACCAUCAAAUCAAGCAGUCUAGGCCGUCCUUCAACAUCAAAUCACCACGAAUACCAAGAUAAUCAUCGUCCCGCUCGUAAGAAGAUGAAGAUAAUAGAUGCGAGUGACGAGAGGUUGCAGCAAUUGGAGAAUCAGCACAUUCGGAGGAAUCAAAGGGGCCAGUCCACAUCGGAGUCGGAGUCGGCAGAUGGGACAGACGGUGCGGUUUCGACCUCCGAAGAUGCGGUUUACGGGGAGAAAUUCGAGCCGGAGUUCGAUUUGAUGAAGUCGAUGCUGCGUGAUAUGUACAGCGAAUCGAAGGAUGCCAGUAAAUUGAAGAAUGUGGAAUUGGAGGUUGUUAAUAAUAAUAAUAAUAAGGUUACUAAGAAGGUUGACUUGUUUGGAGGUGAUAGUGGUUUUGGGAAAAGAGAUGCAAAAGGUUUUAGUGGUGGUGGUGAGGAGGAGGAGGUGAAGGGUAAGGAUGGGCUGAGAUUUAGGGACUUGGGUGGGAUGGAAGGAGUUGUGGAGGAGUUAAAGAUGGAGGUGAUUGUUCCACUCUACCAUCCUCAGUUGCCAAGGUGGCUUGGGGUGAGGCCGAUGGCCGGGAUUUUGUUGCACGGGCCGCCGGGGUGUGGAAAGACUAAACUGGCUCAUGCCAUUGCUAAUGAGACCGGAGUUCCAUUCUAUAAGAUUUCAGCUACUGAAUUGGUCUCUGGUAUUUCAGGUGCAUCGGAAGAAAACAUUCGGGAGCUUUUUGCAAAAGCAUAUAGGACAGCACCGUCUAUUGUAUUUAUUGAUGAGAUUGAUGCAAUUGCUUCAAAAAGGGAGAAUUUACAGAGGGAAAUGGAGAGAAGGAUUGUGACACAGUUGAUGACUUGCAUGGAUGAAUCACACAGGCUUGUACAACCGGCUGAUGUUGAUCCAAAUGCAGAAAGUUCCAAUAUCAGACCUGGCUAUGUUCUGGUAAUUGGAGCUACCAACAGGCCCGAUGCGGUUGAUCCUGCAUUAAGGAGGCCUGGACGAUUUGAUCGGGAGAUUGUUUUAGGUGUUCCAGAUGAAAAUGCAAGGGUUCAGAUUCUUUCUGUUCUUACACGCAAUCUCAGACUUGAGGGUGCUUUUGAUCUUCUGAAAAUAGCCAGGUCCACGCCAGGGUUUGUUGGAGCAGACUUGGCAGCCCUAGCUAAUAAGGCUGGUAACCUUGCUAUGAAGAGAAUUAUUGACAGAAGAAAGUCUCAGCAAUCUAGAGAACCCACAGAUGAGGAUACUGAAGAUUGGUGGAGGCUUCCAUGGUUGCCUGAAGAGAUGGAAAACCUUAGCAUCACUAUGGCCGAUUUCGAGGAAGCAGCUAAAUUGGUUCAACCCUCUUCUAGAAGAGAAGGGUUCUCUGCCAUUCCUAAUGUAAAAUGGGAAGAUGUUGGGGGCCUCCAUUUGCUAAGGCAGGAAUUUGACCGUUACAUAGUUAGGCGUAUAAAAUAUCCUGAGGAUUAUGAGGGAUUUGGGGUUGAUCUAGAGACAGGAUUUUUGCUUUAUGGACCUCCGGGCUGUGGUAAAACAUUGAUUGCUAAGGCUGUUGCCAAUGAGGCGGGAGCCAAUUUCAUACAUAUCAAGGGUCCUGAACUUUUGAACAAAUAUGUUGGAGAAAGCGAGUUGGCAGUUAGGACAAUAUUCAGUCGUGCAAGAACGUGUUCUCCAUGCAUACUUUUCUUUGAUGAGGUGGAUGCUUUGACUACAAAGCGCGGCAAAGAAGGGGGCUGGGUUGUUGAGCGGCUCCUGAACCAGCUACUGGUAGAGCUGGAUGGUGCAGAGCAGCGACAGGGUGUUUAUGUCAUUGGUGCUACAAAUAGACCUGAGGUGAUGGACCGUGCUGUCUUACGGCCUGGAAGAUUUGGGAAACUCCUGUAUGUCCCUCUCCCGAGUCCAGAUGAGCGUGGGUUGAUCUUAAAAGCUCUUGCUAGGAAAAAGCCUAUAGAUGCCAGUGUGGACUUAAUUGCCAUUGGGAGGGAUGAAGCUUGUGAAAACCUUAGUGGAGCUGAUCUUUCUGCACUGAUGAAUGAAGCAGCCAUGGCUGCACUCGAAGAGAAACUGAUUGCCCAAAGUAGUAGUUCAGAUGCCACGUCAUUGACUAUCAAUAAAACGCAUUUUGAGCAGGCUCUGGAAAAGAUCUCUCCAUCUGUCUCAAGCAAGCAAAAACAGUACUACCAACUUUUGUCAGAAAGCUUCAAAGCAGUGUGAGAGUAGACUUGGGAAAAUGGAGUAUUUGUUGAUGGUUUUUGAGAUAAUCAGAUUAUUUUUAUUUUUUUUAUUUUUAUAAUCAAUUUUGUAGAUAUUGUGGAUUGUUUUCUAGUUGCUACUAUGCGUGAGAUUGCAACAAAUAAUCUGGAGAUAACUUAUCUGACCUGAAUAUAGGUUUCAUCCCUAUGCUAGGAAAAGAUUUUGUAGUAGUGAAGAAUGAUGUAUUUGGCUUACAUGUCAUUUCAUAGAGAAGGUUUGUUCUCAUUACUUGGCUAACAUGGUACUUCAAUUUUCAGAAUUUACUAUUUUGGUUUU